AUGGAGUGUCUGCCAUGUCUGUCUGAGAUGAGUCAGUAUAAAGGCCAAGCCAACCUGCACGUGUUUGAGGACUGGUGUGGCUCAUCAGUUUCUCAGCUCAGGAAGAACCUGCACUUUCCUUUGUACCCACAUGCCAGAACCACAGUGAAGAAACUGGCUGUGGUUCCGAAGUGGAAGAAUUACGGCCUCCGCAUCUUUGGCUUUAUUCAUCCAUAUAAAGACGGAGAUUUCCAGUUUGCCAUAUCCUCUGAUGAUAACUCUGAGCUGUGGCUGAGCUCGGAUGAAAAUCCGCUCAAUGCCAAACUCCUGGCGUACGUGGGGCUGCAUGGCUCUGAGUGGACGGCUCCAGGUGAAUUCAGCAAGUUCAGGUCCCAGACCUCAAAGUCUGUACACUUGAUGGCUUCUAGGCGGUACUACUUUGAGAUUUUACACAAGCAGGAUGACAAGGGCUCAGACCAUGUGGAGGUUGGGUGGAGGCCAUUUUUGCCUGGCUUGAAGUAUGAUGUCAUCGACUCAGCCUACAUCUCUCUGUAUACUGAUGAGUCCAGCCUGAAGAUGAACAGUGUGAAACAUAUCCCUCAGACCUUGGCCAGCCACACACACACUCUGCAGGAGGUCCACAGUUCACACACACAUGCUGCAGACAUGCUCAGGCCAGACCCACGCGACACAUUCUACAAAAUCCCCAUGAUGGAUCAGUCCAGGCUGGAGAAGGUGCUGCCAUCUUGUGUUUACUCUCCUACCUACGUAGUGAGAGAUUUCCCCAUCGCACGCUACCAGGGCCUACAGUUUGUGUAUCUGUCCUACGUCUAUCCAAAUGAUUUCACCAGACUCACUCAUAUGGAAAGAGAGAACAAAUGUUUCUACAGGGAAUCUCCAGUAUACCUGGAAAAGUUUGGCUUCUAUAAAUACAUGAAGAUGGAUGAAGAUAAUGAUGACAGACCUCUUUUCUUUCCAAAUCCUGAUGAUUUCCUAGAAGAAGAAGAGGGUGUAGAUCUAGAGGAAGACUCAAGAGUCAACUCCAACCACCAUCCAGUCAGGAGGACAAUUAACACCAGCAUGUCUGAUCAGCUCUCAAGUGCUUCAUUUAGCACAAUCUCCAGUAAGGAGCAAACAGGCAGAAAUUCAAAAGGUCACAUUUUAACCCAAGAGCACGUAUACUCACAUUUCAAAGCGAAGCAAACCAGAAGGAGGAUUAAAGGAGAAGACCAUGGGAGAGAUGAUGGCUACCAUAAACACACUCCACAGGAAGAUCAACAGAGCAGAACAGAAGAAGAGAGGCAGCUGAGGCAGCAUAGACGCGUUAUAGAGGAAGACCAUGAGACUCUCACAGACCAUAGAGAAAGUAUGGAAGAAGGAGACAAUGCCACAAUGCAAAUCCAUGGACGCCGUUCUUUAAAGUGGGUUCCACUAAGCUCUAUGCAGCGAAGCAACAAGAUCAUUCCUCUAAGGCUGAGCAAAACAUUCAAGAAUUCCCAGCGAUCCCCGCUAUAUACAUUGGCGAGUCACAUUUUGAGCAAUGGGGCUCAUCCUGCAUCUCAAGAGAAAGCGGUUAAGUCAAGCAAAAUCUACGUCACUAAACCUCAACCACGAAAAAUUACGCCAAAGCCGCCGAUGGAGAUCUUCCCUGGGGUCUUUUUGUACCAAACCGCAAGUGGGAAAAAGCUUGUGGAUUUCAGUUCGAGGUGGAAAUUCAUGAAAAGGCAUGAUUCCUGGCCAAUGUUAGACCAUAAAUCACCCACACAGCAAUUGAAGCACAGCUCCCUGAGUGAAGUGAAGGAUUUUCGAUCAUCCUCCAUAACAGACCUGCCUCCAUCAAGCUCAGAACUUACCGGGACAAACUCGUCUGACAAAAGGCAACCCGUAGAGAUCAGGACCACCAAAGCUUCAGAGAUGGUGGAGGAGUCGCAGCAGACGGAGGUUGCUGAGCUUAAAGAUGGCGCCACGUCUGAAUACAGCUACGAGGACGACGAGUCACGAAACGGCUGGACUGAGGAGGCCAUCAACUGGCAGCGUACGUUCAGCGUGAACCCGGUGGACUUUGAGCUUCUCAGGUCUGACUGGAAUGACCUGAGGUGCAACGUGUCUGGAAAUCUGCAGCUGGCUGAGAGCGAGGCACUGGAGGUGAUCUCGCAGUACGUAGAACGGAUAAACAAGUGCAAUGGCGGCAUCUACUCCCUCCUCCGUAUUGUUAAUGUUGAGAAGCGCAGAGAUCCGGCACGGGGAAGCCGUUAUUUAGUGGAGCUGGAGCUGAUGGAGGCAGGGGAAAGAGUGGUGCGCCUGUCCGAGUACAUCUACUUCCUUCACCAGCGCAGCCGCCAUGAAGAAAUUGUAGAGAGCAGGGAGGUCAUCACUCCUUCUGCCCCCACUGUGCCAUCUAAAUCACCAACUAGCAGCAGCUCCAGUGCACAGUCUCGGUCCUCCACAUCCUGGAGAGGCCACUGGCCAAAGCCACUGCUCUGUCAGCCUAUCAUGCUAGAGUGGAGGCAUGACAUCAUGGUGCACAUUGUGGUUCCAGUGAAGAACCAGGCACGGUGGGUUCAGCAGUUCAUCUCCGAUAUGGAACUCCUGCACCGAGAGACCAAGGAUGAGAACUUUAGCAUCAUCAUUGUGGACUUUGAAAGUGAAGACAUGGAUGUGGAGCAGGCCUUGAAGCAGAGCACAGUUCCCAGGUAUGAAUAUCUGAGACGUGAAGGAAACUUUGAGAGAUCUUCUGGACUACAGAUGGGGGUGGACACCAUAGCAGACAGCCACAGUAUCGUCUUCCUGUGUGAUCUGCAUAUUCACUUCCCGCUGAGCAUCCUGGAGAGCAUCAGGAAGCACUGUGUGGAGGGCAGACUUGCAUUCGCCCCCAUCGUCAUGAGGCUGGACUGCGGGAGCUCGCCGCUGGAGCCAGAUGGCUACUGGGAGGUCAAUGGAUUCGGCCUGUUUGGGAUUUAUAAAUCAGAUUUUGACAGGAUUGGGGGCAUGAACACUGAGGAAUUCAAGGACCGAUGGGGAGGAGAGGACUGGGAGUUCUUGGACCGGGUUCUGCAGAAUGGUUUGGAGGUUGAGAGACUGAGACUUCGGAACUUUUACCACUACUACCACUCCAAACGGGGCAUGUGGAAUACUCCUAUAAAGAAACCGAGUCAAGGCUAGCCAGCUGGGAUGCUGUGGUUGCCUGAGUUGGAUCAGAUGGGGCAGGUUUGAGCCCUUCGAGCUUUCCAGAAGCUGCCUGAAGAGUUCCAAUGCACAGCCUGUCUGCCUUAAACACACUGGGUCAGUUAACACAGAUGUCAUGGUGGAAUCCAAAUGAAGUUACAAUGGUUAAAAUAUCAUGCGCUUUUAUAGUUCCAGAGAAUAACUAUAAAAAGUGCCAAACAUACAGUAGAAGCACAUAGCGGAACUUACUCAAGUUCUGGACAUUAUGAACAUGAUUUGUUUGUUUUUUUUGGAGGAGUGAGAGUGCUCAGGUAAUCUUAUGUUAAUAUGAUGUUUCCAUUAAUGGAUUGAUGUGUUCACAAAUUUUUUGGGAGGGUGAAUGGUGCUUACUAACAGAGACUGUGUUUUAUCUUCACAAAUGGUGUCAACAAAAAUGGUGUCCAGUUUACUAUACUCUAUCUUCUAUCUCUUUCAUUAUUUCUUCCCAUAUUUCUGUCUCUACAAUCUCUCUCUCAUUCGCUUUCUCUCUCUCUCUCUCUCUCUCUCUCUCUCGGUCUCUGUAUUUCUCUGUCACCCCUCAAAAUUAGUGACUGAUUUUCUGUAGCACACAGAUGAUGUUUGUACUGUAGAAAUUUGCUAAAAUGCUGAGCUGCUGCCCUUAAUUAGUCUGGAAUUUAUUGUUAAUGUAAAUUUCAACACAAGGAGGAUGUCUGAAAAGAAAAGCAAAUGUAGUUGUCACUGAUGCCAUAUUUAAAGGAUAAUUUCUGUGAAAUUGUAUGUAGAGUAUGUAAAGGAUGUACAUUUAUUUCCUAUUAUUUUAUUUUCUUAUUUUCAAGAAUAAAUGGAGGAGUAACUGGGGUUUUGUAGUGAUACCACAUCUCUCCACAAGAGAGUGUGUGUCCCAAACAAUGCAAACCGUAUAAUUGUAUUCUUUUUCUUAUCCAUCCAUCCUCUGUACCGCUUGUCCUACACAGGGUUGCGGGGAGCCCGGAGCCCAUUCCAGGGGACUCGGGGCAUAAGGCGGGGGACAACCUGGACAGGGUGCCAAACCAUUACAGGGCACAAUCGUGCACACACACACCCUCACAAACCCAUUCAAACACUAUGGACAAUUUGGAGAUGCCAAUCAGCCUACAAUGCAUGUCUUUGGACUGGGAGAGGAAGUACCUGGAGGAAACCCCCGAAGCACGGGGAGAACAUGCAAACUCUGCACACACAAGGUGGUGGCGUGAAUCGAACCCCGAGCCCUGGAGGUGUGAAGCGAAUGUGUGUUAAAAAAAAAGUAAUAUUAUGUCAGAGUAGAGUAAUUAUA